AUGAAUUCCGCCGAGCAGACCGUUACGUGGCUCAUCACCUUGGGGGUGCUCGAGUCGCCCAAGAAAACCAUCUCGGACCCGGAGGGCUUCCUGCAGGCGUCCCUGAAGGAUGGCGUGGUCCUCUGCAGGCUGCUGGAGCGCCUGCUGCCCGGGACCAUCGAGAAAGUCUACCCGGAUCCGCGCAGCGAGAGCGAGUGUCUGAGCAACAUCCGCGAGUUUCUGCGAGGCUGCGGGGCCUCCCUGCGCCUGGAGACGUUUGAUGCAAAUGAUUUGUACCAGGGGCAGAAUUUUAACAAGGUCCUCAGUUCCUUAGUGACUUUAAAUAAAGUAACAGCAGACAUUGGACUGGGAAGUGAUUCUGUGUGUGCCCGGCCCUCAUCUCAUCGGAUAAAGUCUUUUGACUCCCUGGGAUCCCAGCCUUCCCACAGUCGGACUUCAAAAUUAUUCCAGGGCCAGUAUCGAAGCUUGGACAUGACCGAUAAUAGCAACAAUCAACUGAUAGUAAGAGCAAAGUUUAACUUCCAACAGACAAAUGAAGAUGAGCUUUCCUUUACGAAAGGAGAUGUCAUCCAUGUCACUCGAGUGGAGGAAGGGGGCUGGUGGGAGGGCACACACAACGGCAGGACUGGCUGGUUCCCCAGCAACUACGUCCGAGAGAUCAAGCCCAGUGAAAAGCCCGUGUCUCCGAAAUCUGGAACAUUGAAGAGCCCUCCAAAAGGAUUUGAUACUACUGCCAUUAACAAAAGCUAUUAUAAUGUGGUGCUACAGAACAUUUUGGAAACAGAAAAUGAAUACUCUAAAGAACUUCAGACUGUGCUUUCAACCUAUCUACGGCCGUUGCAGACCAGUGAGAAGUUAAGUUCAGCAAACACUUCAUAUUUAAUGGGAAAUUUAGAAGAAAUAUGUUCUUUCCAGCAAAUGCUUGUACAGUCUUUAGAAGAAUGCACCAAGUUGCCUGAAGCUCAGCAGAGAGUUGGAGGCUGCUUUUUAAAUCUGAUGCCACAAAUGAAAACCUUGUACCUUUCAUAUUGUGCCAAUCACCCAUCUGCAGUGAAUGUUCUCACGGAGCACAGUGAGGAGUUGGGAGAGUUCAUGGAGAUGAAAGGUGCCAACAGUCCGGGGAUUCUCGUGCUGACCACUGGCCUCAGCAAACCGUUCAUGCGCCUGGAUAAGUACCCCACUCUGCUCAAGGAGCUCGAGAGACACAUGGAGGAUUAUCAUCCGGAUAGACAAGAUAUUCAAAAAUCCAUGACUGCCUUCAAAAACCUUUCAGCCCAGUGUCAAGAUGUACGGAAAAGGAAAGAGCUGGAGUUGCAGAUCCUGAAUGAAGCCAUCCGGAGCUGGGAGGGAGAUGACAUUAAGACCCUGGGCAAUGUCAUUUACAUGUCCCAGGUCAUGAUUCAGUGUGCCGGAAGUGAGGAAAAGAACGAAAGAUAUCUUCUACUCUUCCCAAAUAUUUUGCUAAUGUUGUCUGCCAGUCCCAGGAUGAGUGGUUUUAUCUAUCAGGGAAAGCUACCAACGACAGGAAUGACAAUCACAAAGAUUGAGGACAGUGAAAAUCAUAGAAAUGCAUUUGAAAUAUCAGGGAGCAUGAUUGAGCGGAUAUUAGUGUCAUGCAACAACCAGCAGGAUCUCCAUGAAUGGGUGGACCAUCUACAGAAGCAAACGAAAGUCACAUCUGUCAGCAAUCCCCCCAUUAAGCCUCAUUCUGUGCCGUCUCAUACUCUCCCCACCCAUUCAAUCACCCCAUCCAGCAAGCAUGCAGACAGUAAGUCGGUGCCACUGACGCCUGCCUACCAUACACUGCCCCACCCCUCCCACCAUGGCACCCCACACACGACCAUCAACUGGGGGCCCCUGGAGCCUCCGAAGACCUCGAAGCCAUGGAGUCUGAGCUGUCUGAGACCCGCACCUCCCCUCCGGCCCUCAGCUGCUCUCUGCUACAAGGAGGAUCUUAGUAAGAGUCCCAAGACCAUGAAAAAGUUGCUACCUAAGCGUAAACCAGAGCGGAAGCCUUCGGACGAAGAGUUUGCGCUGAGGAAAAGCACAGCUGCUUUGGAAGAAGACGCACAGAUUCUGAAAGUCAUUGAAGCUUACUGCACAAGCGCCAAAACACGGCAAACACUUAACUCAAGUUCACGUAAAGAAUCUGCUCCACAAGUUUUGCUUCCAGAAGAAGAAAAAAUUAUAGUUGAAGAAACUAAAAGCAAUGGUCAGACAGUGAUAGAAGAAAAGAGUCUUGUUGAUACCGUCUAUGCAUUGAAGGAUGAAGUCCAAGAAUUAAGACAGGAUAACAAGAAGAUGAAGAAAUCUCUGGAGGAAGAACAGCGAGCCCGCAAAGACUUGGAGAAGCUGGUGAGGAAAGUUCUAAAGAACAUGAAUGACCCUUCCUGGGACGAGACCAACCUCUAA